AUGUAUAUAAAGAUGGCCACGUUAGCAAACGGACAACCAGACAAUACCAGCCUGAGUAGCAAUCACAGCAACCCCAGCACCAACGGGCAUAUGAACGGAUUAAACCAUAGUCCCGGAAACCCAUCCACCAUCCCAAUGAAGGACCACGAUGCCAUUAAGCUCUUUAUUGGGCAGAUCCCCCGUAACCUGGACGAGAAAGACCUCAAACCGCUCUUCGAGGAGUUCGGGAAGAUCUAUGAACUGACGGUGCUGAAGGACAGGUUCACUGGCAUGCACAAAGGUUGUGCCUUCCUAACAUACUGCGAAAGGGAGUCUGCUCUAAAGGCCCAGAGUGCACUGCAUGAACAGAAGACACUGCCAGGGAUGAACAGGCCUAUCCAGGUGAAACCAGCGGACAGCGAAAGCCGAGGAGAAGACAGAAAACUCUUUGUGGGCAUGCUCAAUAAGCAGCAGUCAGAGGAUGACGUGCGCAGGCUAUUCGAGGCAUUUGGCAACAUUGAGGAGUGCACGAUCCUUCGGGGACCGGAUGGAAACAGCAAAGGGUGUGCAUUUGUGAAAUACUCUUCACAUGCAGAGGCCCAAGCAGCCAUCAAUGCCUUGCAUGGCAGCCAGACAAUGCCGGGGGCCUCUUCAAGCCUGGUGGUGAAGUUUGCAGAUACGGACAAAGAACGUACAAUGAGACGCAUGCAGCAGAUGGCAGGACAAAUGGGAAUGUUCAACCCCAUGGCCAUCCAGUUCGGAGCUUAUGGCGCCUAUGCACAGGCACUGAUGCAGCAGCAGGCCGCCAUCAUGGCGUCGGUGGCACAGGGCGGGUACCUGAACCCCAUGGCAGCCUUUGCCGCCGCCCAGAUGCAGCAGAUGGCGGCUCUGAACAUGAACGGCCUGGCGGCCGCCCCCAUGACACCAACCUCAGGUGGAAGCACGCCUCCUGGCAUAACUGCACCAGCUGUGCCUAGCAUCCCAUCUCCCAUUGGGGUGAAUGGUUUCACUGGCCUCCCGCCGCAGGCUAAUGGGCAACCCGCCGCAGAAGCCGUGUUUGCUAAUGGCAUCCACCCUUACCCAGCACAGAGCCCCACUGCAGCAGACCCCUUGCAGCAAGCCUACGCUGGAGUGCAGCAGUACGCAGCUGCUUAUCCUGCUGCUUAUGGCCAGAUUAGCCAAGCGUUCCCACAGCCACCUCCUAUGAUCCCACAGCAACAGAGAGAAGGUGACCUGAAACAGGAAAAAAAUAUCCAAAACCAAACAACACAACAACACAGGAAAGGACCAGAGGGCUGUAACCUGUUUAUCUACCAUCUGCCCCAGGAGUUUGGGGAUGCUGAGCUGAUGCAGAUGUUCCUGCCUUUCGGUAAUGUCAUCUCCUCGAAAGUGUUUGUGGAUCGGGCGACAAACCAAAGUAAAUGCUUUGGUUUUGUGAGUUUUGACAAUCCUGCCAGUGCCCAAGCUGCUAUCCAGGCUAUGAACGGCUUCCAGAUUGGCAUGAAAAGGCUGAAGGUGCAGCUGAAGAGGCCAAAGGAUGCUAAUCGUCCCUACUGA